AGCAAUCUAUCCGGAGCUGCGGGUGGCCGACGCGGCUCGUUCUGCGGCGGCUCGGGCUCGGAGGGGAGCGGGGUGACGGGCGGACAUACGCACGCGCGCGGCGCAGAGAGGCGGCGGCAGUGUGUCUUCAGGUGGCGGCCGCGGGUUCCUGAAGCUGCAGCGGCGCGAGGGGGAGGAUGGCGGAGUCCUCAGACAAGCUCUACCGGGUCGAAUACGCCAAGAGCGGGCGCGCCUCCUGCAAGAAAUGCAGCGAGAGCAUCCCCAAGGACUCGCUCCGGAUGGCCAUCAUGGUGCAGUCGCCCAUGUUUGACGGCAAAGUCCCACACUGGUACCACUUCUCUUGCUUCUGGAAGGUUGGCCACUCCAUCUGGCAGCCUGAUGUCGAGGUGGAUGGGUUCUCUGAGCUCCGGUGGGACGACCAGCAGAAAGUUAAGAAGACUGCAGAGGCUGGAGGAGUGACAGGCAAAGGCCAAGGUGGAGUUGGCAACAAGACGGAGAAGACGCUGGGUGACUUUGCAGCAGAGUAUGCCAAGUCCAACAGAAGCACGUGCAAGGGCUGUAUGGAGAAGAUAGAUAAGGGCCAGGUGCGCCUGUCCAAGAAGAUGCUGGACCCGGAGAAGCCCCAGCUGGGCAUGAUUGACCGCUGGUACCACCCAUACUGCUUUGUUCAGAACAGAGAGGAGCUGGGUUUCCGUCCCGAAUACAGUGCGAGCCAACUCAAGGGCUUCAGCCUGCUUGCUUCUGAGGACAAGGAAGCCCUGGAGAAGCAGCUCCCAGGAGUCAAGAGUGAAGGAAAGAGGAAAGGCGACGAGGUAGAUGGAAUGGACCAAGUGGCCAAGAAGAAAUCUAAAAAAGAGAAAGGCAAAGAUAGUAAGCUUGAAAAGGCCCUCAAGGCCCAGAACGACCUGAUCUGGAACAUCAAGGACGAGCUAAAGAAAGUGUGUUCAACGAACGACCUGAAAGAGCUGCUCAUCUUCAACAAGCAGCAAGUGCCCUCCGGGGAGUCGGCGAUCUUGGACCGUGUAGCUGAUGGCAUAGUGUUUGGUGCCCUCCUUCCCUGCAAGGAAUGCUCUGGCCAGCUGGUCUUCAAGAGUGAUGCUUAUUACUGCACUGGGGACGUCACUGCCUGGACCAAGUGUAUGGUUAAGACACAGACACCCAACCGGAAGGAGUGGGUGACCCCAAAGGAAUUCCGAGAAAUCCCUUACCUCAAGAAAUUGAAGGUCAAAAAGCAGGACCGUAUAUUCCCCCCAGAGACCAGUGCCCCAGUGGUGGCAGCACCGCCGCCUUCCACAGCCUCAGCGCCUGCUACUGUGAACUCCUCUGCCCCACCAGAUAAGCCACUGUCCAACAUGAAGAUCUUGACUCUUGGGAAACUCUCCCGGAACAAGGAUGAAGUGAAGGCCACGGUCGAGAAACUCGGGGGGAAGUUGACAGGGACGGCCAACAAGGCCUCCUUAUGCAUCAGCACCAAAAAGGAGGUGGAAAAGAUGAAUAAAAAGAUGGAGGAAGUAAAAGAGGGCAACAUUCGAGUUGUGUCUGAGGAUUUCCUCCAGGACAUUGCCACCUCAGCCAAGAGCUUUCAGGAGCUGGUUUCAGCCCACGUCUUGUCCCCCUGGGGUGCUGAGGUGAAGGCGGAGCCUGUUGAAGUCGCGGUUCCAAGAGGGAAGUCGGGGACCAUGGUCUCCAAAAAGAGCAAGGGCCCCGUCAAGGAAGAAGGAAUCAACAAAUCUGAAAAGACAGUGAAAUUAACUCUUAAAGGAGGAGCUGCUGUGGAUCCUGAUUCUGGUCUGGAACGCUCUGCACACGUUCUGGAGAAAGGUGGGAAGGUCUUCAGCGCCACCCUUGGCCUCGUGGACAUUGUUAAAGGAACCAAUUCCUAUUACAAGCUGCAGCUCCUGGAGGAUGAUCAAGGAAGCAGGUAUUGGAUAUUCAGGUCCUGGGGCCGUGUGGGAACAGUGAUUGGUAGUAACAAAUUGGAGCAGAUGCCAUCCAAGGAGGAUGCCAUUGAGCACUUUAUGAAACUAUAUGAAGAGAAAACCGGGAAUGCCUGGCAUUCCGAAAACUUCACAAAGUAUCCCAAAAAGUUUUACCCCCUGGAGAUUGACUACGGCCAGGAUGAAGAGGCAGUGAAGAAACUGACAGUAAACCCUGGCACCAAGUCCAAGCUCCCCAAGCCAGUGCAAAAUCUGAUUAAGAUGAUCUUUGAUGUGGAAAGUAUGAAGAAAGCCAUGGUGGAAUAUGAGAUUGACCUCCAGAAGAUGCCCUUGGGGAAGCUGAGCAAAAGACAGAUCCAGGCCGCAUACUCAAUCCUCAGUGAGGUCCAACAGGCAUUGUCCCAGGGCAGCGGUGAUGCCCAGAUCCUGGAUCUCUCAAAUCGCUUCUACACCUUGAUCCCCCACGACUUUGGGAUGAAGAAGCCUCCACUCCUGAACAACACAGACAGUGUGCAGGCCAAAGUGGAAAUGCUGGAUAACCUGCUUGACAUUGAGGUGGCCUACAGUCUGCUCAGGGGUGGAUCUGAUGAUAGCAGCAAGGACCCCAUUGAUGUCAACUAUGAGAAGCUCAAAACUGACAUUAAGGUGGUGGACAAAGAUUCGGAGGAAGCCAAGAUCAUUAGGAAAUAUGUUAAGAACACUCAUGCGACUACACACAAUGCAUAUGACUUGAAAGUCCUCGAGAUCUUUAAGAUUGAGCGUGAAGGGGAAAACCAGCGCUACAAGCCGUUCAAGCAGUUGCAUAACCGAAGGUUGUUGUGGCACGGGUCUAGAACCACCAAUUUUGCUGGGAUACUGUCGCAGGGUCUCCGGAUCGCCCCACCUGAAGCGCCUGUGACAGGCUACAUGUUUGGGAAAGGGAUCUAUUUCGCUGACAUGGUCUCCAAGAGUGCCAACUACUGCCACACAUCUCAGGGAGAUCCAGUAGGCUUAAUCCUAUUGGGAGAAGUUGCCCUUGGAAAUAUGUAUGAACUGAAGCAUGCUUUGCACAUCAGCAAGUUACCCAAGGGCAAGCACAGUGUCAAAGGUUUAGGCAAGACUACCCCUGACCCUUCAGCUAGUACUACUCUGGAUGGUGUAGAGGUUCCUCUCGGGACUGGGAUAUCGUCUGGUGUCAACGACACCUGUCUGCUGUAUAACGAGUACAUUGUCUAUGAUACUGCUCAGGUGAAUCUGAAGUAUCUGCUGAAGCUGAAAUUCAAUUUUAAGACGUCGCUGUGGUGAACUAACGUGUGGCCGAAUUGCAGCCCAGUGACUGGUGUGAAAUUGCCUGUGUGCUUUGUACUGACUAAUCAGGCAAAGACCUCAGCUGGGUUGCCAAGGGCAUACCGUCACUGACCUCCUUGGAAAGAUUUGAACACUUGGUCACAUGUUAAACGAUUUUUCCAAAUUUUUCAAAUCCAUUGUUCAGGUUGGUUGGGGGAGGGGCUGUUGGGGGAUUUUUUUUUUUUUUCCUGCCAGCCAUAACCCUGGUAGGUUCAACUGACAGAGGAGAAAUUGGGAAGAAGCAAGGGUUUUUUAUCUAGACUAGUCCUAAGGGAAAAACCAAGCCACAUUAGAACUUCUGACUUAAUGGCCUUCCCCAAGGAAGAAAAAAGGAUCUUCCACCCUUACUUUUAAGUGUUCAUCUUUAGUUUUGGUUUUGCAAAAAUGUUAAGCAUUUAUUUUGAGGUAAAAAUAAAAACU